AUCGAAAGUUUUGAUCAGUUUUUUUUUGUAAAAAUGGCAAGCAAAUCAUCAACAUUAUUGAAUAAUCAACAACAACAACAACAACAAAUCGAUCAAAAUGAUUUAGAACGUAUAUUUCGUAAACGUUUAUGUCGUAUUUGUCGUUGUGGUGGUAUGGAUUCGGAUAAAUUUAUAAACGCUUGUAAAUGUUUAGGACCAUUUGCAUAUGUACAUCAAAAAUGUUUUGAACAAUGGUUAGAAAUAACCAAACAAAAAAAAUGUGAUAUUUGUCGUUAUGAAUUUCAAAUUCAAUUAUUUAAUCGUAGUUUUUUGGAAUGGAUCCAAUAUCAAAAAAUAACGCAUGCAAACAAUAGUAAAUAUAUUUGGUCAUUUAUUGAAUUAUCAACACGAUUACAAAAUGUUAUCUUUAUAUCAUUAAUUGGUAUCAUUAUGAUUGUUUGUUUCAAUAAUUCGAAUGAUUAUGAUUAUGAUGAUGAUUGUCGUCUAAAUACACAACAUCAACAAUCGGAAACUAUUUCAACAACCAAUCGGCGAAAAUUUUGGCGUUCAUUACUUGCUCGUUUUAUACCGAAUAUUCGAAUUUCAAUUAUAAUUGUAUCGUUAAUAUGGUUCGGUUGGAAAAUUCUGGAUGAAUUUCGUUGUUGGCAAAGAUCAAAUCAACGUAUUCAGAUUCAACCAUUUAUUAAUGAUUCACCAUCAUCAAUGAUGAUGAAUAAUGUUUCCACAAAUGAUAAUCCACAAGAUUAUGGCCUAUUGAAUUCAUUUGUUCGUGUUUCAGGUAUGAAACAUGUACGUAAAUAUUUACGUUUGAAAAAAUUAUCAAAUAUUUCAUUAAAUAUUGAUAAUAAAAAAGAUAUUUGAAUUUUUUUUGACAAAAACAAUAACAACUUUUUAUUCAACUAAAAACAUUU